CCUUACUGCCGCCCGCGCGCCUCUUGCCUAAGCACUCCUCCGUCCCCAACACCACCAUUUUGGUGAAAUUUUCUGCUCACGACAACCACACACCCGCAACGACACCACCCGCAGCCGCCAAUGCCUCAGAACCAGCACAACGACCGUUUCCUUUGCCCCCUUCUCCUCCGCAGCCAAAUGCUUGUCAACGCCCAGCCCUUCGUCAGAGAUUACCUUGCCACCAUCCGCACCGACGCCGAGCGACGUCGCGGCACCCGCGAGCCUUGAAUCCCUACCGGCUGAUCCAGAGUCUGCCGCGCACAAGUAGCCGGCUCGACGCUCUGCGCGAGCCCUUAUACAACUGAAGUCGCAUAUAAUACAAACAAACAAACAAACCAAACCACCCUCGCUCGGCCGAGUGGUGGCCAACCCCGACAAGGCAUCGCACGAUAGCACCACAAUGCUGCCACCCGCCGCCCCCGCCCUCACCACUGUCCGUGGCUUCGUCCCCACGCCAAUUGCCUCUGGCGACGAGGACAGCGACUACUGUGCGACGCCUCCGCUCAGGGCCGCCAAGCCGAGCAAGCGCGGUCGCAAACCUCCCUGCAUCGACGAUGUCGUCAGUGCAAACUGCAGUCCGGUGCUGCGCGGCAUCAACUCGCCCGGUGUCAGUGGCAUCGCCAAGCUGCGCAGCCAGCUGGAGCCUCUCAGCCUCAUGACAGACUCUUCUCGCGCCAGCACCAUGACGCGCAGCGACAGCCGCCAGCGGGUCAUGAGCAGCAUGAGCCGUUCCGACAGUCACACGGGCCGUAGCGACGACGAGAUAUCCGAGGUCGGCUCCACGAGCUACGAGGUCCGGCUCGAGCAUGACUUUGUCAGUGAAAGCGUGCGCGAAAAGUCCUACAUGGGUCCCAUCGAAGGAGGCGUAGUCACCCGAAAGGUGCAAGCCGGAGAUUUCGAGCCACUGCGUUGUCUUGGCAAGGGGACUUACGGCACGGUGCUUCUGGUCAAGCAGCGCUCCACGGGCAGGCUGUAUGCGCAGAAGCAGUUCAAAAAGGCAUCGGUCGUGGUACACAAGAAGCUGGUCGAGCAGACCAAGACCGAGCGACAGAUCUUGGAGUCAGUCAACCGACACCCUUUCGUGGUGAAGCUCUUCUACGCCUUCCAGGACCACGAGAAGCUCUAUCUCAUACUCGAGUACGGCCAGGGCGGCGAGCUCUUCACCCACUUGAACACCGAAAAGAUGUUCCCCGAGCCGGUCGCGGCCUUCUACAUGGCUGAGAUGGUUCUGGCCCUGGCGCAUCUUCACGACACGUUGGGAGUUGUCUAUCGUGACCUGAAGCCCGAGAACUGCCUGCUUGAUGCACAGGGGCAUCUUUUGCUGACAGACUUUGGUCUCUCGAAAGUUGCCGUCGAAGAUGACUCGAGCUGCAAGUCUAUCCUCGGUACCGUGGAGUAUAUGGCUCCUGAGGUCAUCCUAGGACAGAAGUACGGCAAGGCUGUCGAUUGGUGGUCGUUUGGCGCUCUUGGGUACGACCUUAUGACUGGCAACCCGCCGUUCCGUGGUGGCAACCACGCCAAGAUUCAGCAGAACAUCGUCAAGCAGAAGCUCGUGCUUCCGUAUUUCCUGAGCCCCGACGCCAAGGAUCUGCUGACUCGCCUGCUGCGCAAGGAGUCCGCCAAGCGCUUGGGCAGCAAUAUGCCCAAGGAUCUGCAGAAUAUCAAGAAGCACCGGUUCUUCCGGAAAAUCGACUGGAAGAAGUUGGAAGCUCGAGAGGUUGAGCCACCGAUACAGCCGAUGAUUACGGAUCCGGAGCUGGCCGAGAACUUUGCUCCAGAGUUUACCGAGCUGUCAGUCAGCCCGGUGGUCGCUACCAAGGACCCUUGGAGCGCACUGAGCCCGUCCUACAAGGAGGGUGUCAAGGACGACCCCUUCGGAGGGUUCAGCUAUGUUGCGUCCAGCAGUCUUUUGGAGAACAGCGCCUUCACCAUGUAUGCCGAGGCAUGAGAGAUGACAACACUUGCACGGCGGUCACGCGUUGGCGUGAACCUCAGCGAUUCGCAUUGGAUUUUACAAAGCGUGUUUCAUGAAUAUGCAUGAGCGAGAGCACAUCGGGCACAAGGAAGCACCAUGUGCCCGGAAAAGCAAACAUACAAUUCACAUCAAGCAUUCAUGCAUCAAUACAAUAUGCACAGCUCUAUUACAUCACGAAGGGAUAGAUUAUGAAUGGGAACGAGGGAGGAGGGGAAAUAUCUAUAAAAGUUUGGUUCAUCGGCAAUGCGCGCUUCCUUUAGCAGGCGAUGGCUUUCAUAAUGGUUGGUUCAGCUGUACAAAGAGUCUUGUUUUGUUUUUAAUUUCUUACUGGCGUUAUUUGUAUCAAUGAUAGAAUCAUUUCUAUUCUCAUGAAUACAUUGCUGCCUGAGCCCUGA